AUGUCCAAGCUGGAGAAAAUUAUGGAGAAAAGCAUGAACGAACUCAAAGAACUUCUAUCGGGUCUGACUAUACCGAAGAAGGUUUGUCAGUGUGGCCUUUGCGAUGCUACAGGGCAUCAGUCUAAAAACUGUCCUAACUUCGGCGAGGACAUUGUUGAUGUUAAUGCUAUCGGAGGGCAUGAUGGGAAUCCACGCAAGUAUGAUCCCUUUUCAAACACUUACAAUCCAAGAUGGAGGGAUCAUCCUAAUUUUCGGUGGAAGCAAGAUGGUCAACCCCAACAGCAGAACAACAUGGGAGUACCGAUGCAACGUCCCCAGUAUAAUCAGAACCAACAUCAACAACAGUACCGGUUAGGACCACCACAACACCACAAUCAGAAUCAACAACAACCUCCUUACCAACCACCACACAGGAGAGCACCAUGGGAGGAAGUCAUAGAGAACAUGGUUAAGAAAAGCGAGAAGUUUCACAAUGAGAUUCGCGCUAGUAUGAACCAGACCAACCAGCAGAUUAGUCAUUUGACUAAAGCGGUGGCCAAACUGGAAGAGAAUGCCGGUAAACUCCCAGCCAUGGGAAUUAACCCCAGAGAACAUGCCCAAGUUGUGCUAACUGAGUUUCCUGAAGGAGAGGAGAAAGAAAAAGAUCAGUUGUUGGCUGAGGCUGAACUGAUUCAAAGAAACCUGGAUAAAAGUGGUGCAGGUCUAACCGCUGAGCAAGUUGGAGGUAGCAAUCUGACCGACGCACCCUAUCCAGGACGCCUGAGACAGAAAGCUAAAGAGAAGGAAGCAAUGAAGAUGGAGGAAGAAGUCCGCUAUGUGAUGGGAGAGAGUGUCUCGGCGGUGAUCCAACGUAAGUUGCCCACAAAGUGGAAGGACCCAGGAAUGUUCACCAUCCCAUGUAACAUUGGUGGAACAAACAUGGAUAAGGCCAUGAUGGACUUAGGAGCAUCCAUAAAUGUGAUGCCAUUGGCUGUCUAUAAGAGAUUGAACAUUGGGGAGAUGAGAAACACCCGUGUGGUCAUACAGUUGGCCGACAGAUCCAAUGCCUAUCCCGAAGGGGUGGUAGAGGAUGGUACUGAUUAA